AUGAGACGAAUGCAGAAAGAGAGCUGUACAUUUUCCAGAAAAGAAAUCAAGAAAAACGAUAGCUUUCUGGCAUUUGCCGACUCCCCCUUCUCUCCCUCUGGGGGGGUUUGUGUGUAUAAGUGCGUGGGCAGGAAGGCCGUGGAGGCGGCACGGCAGGCGCUCUCACUUGUCAUGGGAUGGGAGUCCUCUCCCCGAGCCCCUCGCCCCCGCUUCGCUAAAGGGGCCGGGCUUGGGGGAAGGGCGGGGCCUGGGGCGGGGCCUCGCCAGCCCGCGGCCCGUCGCCUUGACGACCGCAGCAAGAUGGCGACGUCCCCGGACGCGCAGCCGCUGCCCGACCCCUGGGUGCUUAGCCCCGCUCAGCUGGAGCAGCUGAGAAAAUUCAAGAUCCAGAUUCGGAUUGUUAACGAAAAGUAUCUAAGGACCCACAAAGAAGUAGAGUGGCUCAUAAGUGGUUUCUUCAGAGAAAUCUUUUUGAAAAGACCAGACAACAUCCUACAGUUUGCCGCAGACUACUUCACGGAUCCAAGACUUCCCAACAAGAUUCACAUGCAGCUAAUUAAAGACAAGAGAGUGGCUUAAUUAGCAAAACCAUGAUGCUCAGCUGUUGGGAGAGACCAGACAGAAGCCAGCCUCGGGGUGGGUGUUAACCUUACUUACAGAGGCUUCUUUACUCUUGUGAAAAUAAGCUCUGGUUUAUUGGUCCAGGGUGUGAAAUAAGUGGAGAAUGUAAAGAGAAGUU